GUGAAGCGGGCGAAAGCGAGGGCGAAGGCGAAGAGGGACGGUCGAGGAUGGGGCGGGGGGGGCGCGAAGCGGGCGAAGAGCGCGCCGGCGACGAACGUCUCGGGAUGGGAAAAAGUCGUCGCGGGGGAGUCGUCGUUCGUGUCGGUGCCGCUGACGAACGAUGGGGACGGCGAGGAGGAGGACGCGCGGUGGAGCUUUCCGUCGACGCGCGAAGAGCGCGAGCGAUACGCGGUGUUUAAAGAUUUGCACGAUAAAUCGUUUUACAUGACAUCCGGCGCCAAGUUUGGGAGCGACUUUCUGGCGUAUCCGGGGGAUCCGAUCCUGUUUCACGCGCACUACACCGUGCGAAUAGUUUCGUGGGACGCGGUGAUACACCCGUUGGUCAUCGCCGCGACGACGCGGAUGUCGAACGCGGCGAGGAAGAACUUCGUCGUCGCCGCGGUUCGCGCGACGGAUGCAAACGGCGAAAACUUUGAGGUUCGCUACUUCACCAUGGAGGCCGACGUGGACUUGUCUUCGAAUCGGGGAUACUAG